UCCUCUUACUAUCUGUGUGUCUAUAUCACAGCAGCAGGUGGUAGUAUGCUGCUGCAACCCUUUGCAAAGGUAGCUCAGCCUAUCCUCACCCAUUGCAGAGGCACUUUUUUUUAAGGGGGAGUUUCAGCAAAGCCUGGGAUCUGCUACCUCUCAAGUCAAUUCAGGAAUUCAUCAAACUUUACUGUGUCCAGCAAGGCACAGAGAAGCAACUCAGACCAUCCUUUCCUCUCCUCUUCAUCACAAGCUCCGCAAGGCAGAUUUCCUCAGCAUCAUCCUCCUGAACCUCUGGGUUUCCCUUCUGCGUCAGCCAGCUAAGUUCUCUUCACUUUAAGAAUUUUUGCAUCACUUAGAACUUUUUUUUUUUACUUUUUUUUGCUAUAUGUGAACUGUCUUACCACUGCAGUACCAUUUCCCAGAUCUACCUGACUACUAUAUUUCUUUGAUGCAUAGUUGCAAAAAAAAAGGAAAGUAAAACAAUUAUAAGUUUUAUGGAAAAAUAUGUAAAGGAAUAAAGAUUUGGGUGAUUUUUUUUUAUUAGAAAGCAAACUUUUUAAAAUUUCAUGGAGUAAAGCACUUACCUGCAUGAUACUCUGGAUUACUAGGUGACCUAGACUCUUUUCUGCAAAGCAAGUUGGGGAGACAUAGUAACCAUGACGGGUUUAUCUCACCCCGGACAGAACCUUAGGAGUCACACUAAAGCUUCCAACCUAAAGCAUUGUCAUAGGACUGUGGCUUCAUCAGAGAAUGUCCAAACAAACUAUAGGAUGUAUAUUGCAUAUCUUCUCAUUCUGCUCAUUCUGACCCCAAGAGUGGACUCUUCCUGGUGGUACAUUGGUGCACUUGGAGCACGCGUAAUAUGUAAUAACAUUCCAGGACUUGUGACCAAGCAGAAGCAACUCUGUCAAAAGCACCCUGACAUUAUGCAAGCCAUUGGUGAGGGAGCCAAGGAGUGGAUUAGAGAGUGCCAGCAUCAGUUCAGACAUCAUCGCUGGAAUUGCAGCACCCUGGACAGAGACCACACAGUCUUUGGGAGAGUCAUGCUAAGAAGUAGUCGAGAAGCAGCAUUUGUCUAUGCAAUUUCCUAUGCUGGUGUUGUUUUUGCCAUUACUAGAGCUUGCAGCCAAGGUGAACUGAAAUCCUGCAGCUGUGAUCCAAAAAAACGGGGGCGAUCCAAAGACAAAAAAGGAGACUUUGACUGGGGAGGAUGUAGUGACAACAUUGAUUUUGGAAUUGAAUUUGCCAAGGACUUUGUGGAUGCCAAGGAAAGAAAAGUAAGGGAUGCUCGAGCCUUGAUGAAUUUGCACAAUAACCGCGUUGGAAGGAUGGCAGUAAAACGUUUUAUGAAGCUUGAAUGUAAGUGCCAUGGGGUCAGUGGGUCAUGCACAUUAAGGACUUGUUGGCGAGCUAUGUCAGAUUUUCGAAAAACAGGGGACUAUCUCAGAAGGAAAUACAACGGGGCAAUCCAGGUCACCAUGAAUCAAGAUGGUACUAGCUUCACAGUAGCCAAUCAAGACUUCAGAAAACCCACAAAAAAGGACCUUGUCUACUUUGAGAAUUCUCCUGAUUACUGCUUGAUGGACAAGUCUGCAGGUUCAUUAGGCACUGCAGGAAGAGUGUGUGACAAAGUCUCCAGAGGGACAGACGGCUGUGAAGUUAUGUGCUGUGGUAGAGGCUAUGACACCACUCGUGUUAACCGAACCACUAAAUGCGAGUGUAAAUUCCACUGGUGUUGUGCAGUGCGCUGUAAGGAAUGCGAAGAGACAGUCGAUGUGCAUACAUGUAAGGCUCCAAAACGGGCAGAAUGGCUGGAUCAGACUUGAAUCGAACAGACAUCUACACUUUGGACAAGGAGUCACAGGCCCCGCAAAAUUCUGGGUAUAAGUGUAGUACAGUUGCAUGGCUUCUUAUUUAAGUAAUUCUGCAAGGCACUAAAGACAAGACUACACUUCCCAGGAUGAAAUGCGGACCCUAUGACAAAGGCCAGCAAAGAACCAGCCCUUUUGGUGAGAGAAAUUUGCAAUAAAAUAAGUGGUUUUCUAACUGCUAUCCCUGAUCUAGUGGUACACAACAGACCACUGCUUGACAGCUUUUUCCUGCUGUGUGGCUUUAUAUCAUUAUUGGAGACUGAUUCUUAUAUGCAAGUGCUUUUUGCCAAUAUGCAAUAAACAUGCUGAGGGGAAAAAAGGAGAAUACGUUGAUUGUCAUCAGAAUUUUUUUUCCUGUCGAUGCUUUCAAACUGUUAAUUAUUAGUGAACCCCUGCAGUAACAGCCUGUUUAAUGCUACAAAUGCAUGGGACGUUUUACACUUACAGAAAAAAGAAAAUGGUUCACUGGAAAGAAUAUAGCUGUGCACACCAUCAUUUCAUGCCUAGAUUUUUCAUUUGGUGGACUAUGUUUCAAAAUAUUUUAAGAAUAUUUUCAUAGUAUAAAGUCAAGAGCCUUCGUGAAGCUGCUCAGAAUGCCAUGUGGAUUUUUACAGAAACUAAAUGAAAUUGUAUGAAAUGCUCCCAUGCUGACUGCACAAGUUAAAAAUGGAGACUUGCAAAUUAUUGUUUGGACUUUGGAGAACUCUGGAUACGACUGUGACACACAUAUUUUGUUAGACUUGCUUCUAUGAUGUGUAUACUGCUUUAAUAUUUUUUUAAAUUUAAACUUAUAUUGCAAACCCAUUUUGUUGUGCUCCUUGCCCAUCACUGAAAAUGGGUAAAUAUCCUUAUUUAUUCAUAUACAUUAUAAAGAGGAAAAGAAUAAAGU